AUUCUGUAGCCAGAAGACCUCCAUUCAGUGCUGAUUGUCUGAAUUCAGUAAAUCUUGAUGUAAAAACAUUUGAAAUUGGAGUCAGAUUAAACGAGCAGCUAAAGUAAAAUUGAGACCAAAUUCUAAAAUUAAGUGAACUUCACAGGAGCGCUGAAAAGACGUACACACAUUAUACCUUCACCAGACCACUGGAUUCUGUCGUUGGAACGACAGCUGGUCCUUUACGAUCGGAAGAUUAAUGUUAAAGUUUCAGGGACAUAUACAACUGAUUUAUGCAAAUGCAUCAAAAUGAUCGUAAUGUUUUGUAGCAGUUGUCUAUCACAAGAAGUCUCAAUUUUAUGACCUUUAACUUCAUAUUUCUCUCUUUAUUUUGAUUUACUGAAAAUGAAAUUACUUUUUUCUCUUUCAUUUCAGAGCUGAUGGAAGUGAAGGAGGAGAGUGAAGAACUGAGUGAAGUGGAGCAGAAACAUCAUGACAAACCUGGAGAAAAACCUUUGAGUCGCUUAAAGACUAAAAAUAAAUUUUUAAAGAAAAGAAGAGCAAAUAAAUCUACAACCUGCACUCAGUGUGGAAAGAGUUUCUCAACCAAACAAAGUCUUGAUGUUCACAUGAGAGUUCAUACAGGAGAGAAGCCAUUCACAUGUGAUCAGUGUGGGAAGAGUUUCAGUCAAUCAGCAAACCUUAAAGCACACAUGAGGAUCCACACAGGAGAAAGACCGUUCACAUGUGAUCAAUGUGACAAAACAUUUAUUAGGUCAUCAGACCUAAAGUCACACCAGACAGUUCAUACAAAGGAGAAGCCACAUUCAUGUUCUGUGUGUGGAAAGAGUUUUUUACUGCUGUGUAGUUUACAAAAACAUGAGAAAAUUCAUACUGGUGUGAGAGAGUAUGUGUGCUUUGAGUGUGAGAGAACUUUUACUACAGUAAAAACUUUAAAACAGCACCAGAGAAUUCACACUGGAGAAAAACCUUACAAGUGUUCACAGUGUGACAAGAGAUUUAGUCAGUUAUCAAAUCUAAAAACACAUGAGAUGAUCCACACUGGAGAAAAACCUUACAAGUGUUCACAUUGUGACAACAGAUUCAGUCAGUUAGCACAUAUGAAAACACAUGAGAUGAUCCACACUGGAGAAAAACCUUACAAGUGUUCACAGUGUGACAAGAGAUUCAAUAAGUCAUCAGCUCUGAAAACACAUGAGAAGAUCCACACUGGAGAAAAACCUUACAAGUGUUCACACUGUGACAAGAGAUUCACUCAGUCAGUAAAUCUGAAAACACACGAGAGGAUCCACACAGGAGAAAAACCUCACAUGUGUUCACAGUGUGGCAUGAGAUUCAAUAUGUCAUCAUCUCUGAAAACACAUGAGAUGAUCCACACUGGAGAAAAACCUUACAAGUGUUCACAGUGUGACAAGAGAUUCAAUAUGUCAUCAUCUCUGAAAACACAUGAGAUGAUCCACACUGAAGAAAAACCUUACAAGUGUUCACACUGUGACAAGAGAUUCACUCAGUCAGUAAAUCUGAAAACACAUGAGAAGAUCCACACUGGAGAAAAACCUUUCAAGUGUUCACACUGUGACAAGAGAUUCACUCAGUCAGUAAAUCUGAAAACACACAAGAGGAUCCACACUGGAGAAAAACCUUACAAGUGUUCACAGUGUGGCAUGAGAUUCAGUGAUUCAUCAUAUCUGAAAACACAUGAGAGGAUCCACACUGGAGAAAAACAUUACAAGUGUUCACACUGUGACAAGAGAUUCAAUCAGUCAUCAACUCUGAAACGGCAUGAGAAGAUCCACACUGGAGAAAAACCUUACAAGUGUUCACACUGUGACAAGAGAUUCAGUCGGUCAUCAAAUCUGAAAACACAUGAGAGGAUCCACACUGGAGAAAAACCUUACAAGUGUUUACACUGUGACAAGAGGUUCAAUAAGUCAUCAUCUCUGAAAACACACAAGAGGAUCCACAGCAGAGAGAAGCCGCACACGUGUGAUCAGUGUGGAAAGAGUUUCACUAUUAAAAGUCACCUGAAGAUACACAUGAAGAUCCAUGCAGUGGAGAAACCACAUCACCACAGUGUGAAAUCAUGAUAAGUAGUUCAUUUUUAUGUGCUGAACAAAAAAAUCUCUUUUGUGUAAGUUAGCCACAGCCAAAUCUCUCCUCUCCAGCUAUAGUUGGCACCAUGGGCGACAAGUUUUAUUUAUUUAUAUUUUUUUGCAGUUACUAAACAUAUUUUUGUACCUGCAUCAGCAAAUUAUUCACAAAAAUUUUAAGCAAACAAGUUUAACCCUUUAACGACCCAGUGGUCCGUUAGUGGGACUGAUAAGAGUGUUAUAAGGUUAAACAAGUUGUUUUUUUAAAUGAGGAGUAUACCAUCUAACUAAUCUUUUAUUAUGCUCGCAGUGCGUCGGUUAAAUGAAUUGCGAUAUUUAAUAAUAAAAGUAGCAUAAUAAUAACAAUAAUCCACUAUACGCCACUGUGAAGGGAUAAACGGUGUUCAGGCAGCAAAUGUCCCAUUAAUUACAUGAUGUCUGGUAAUAGUAUAGAAAAGUUUUUAUUGCGCAUGUGUCAAACUCGGUGAUCCACGUGCAUCUGUGGUUUAGUAUACUUUGAAAGAUGCACGGACACGACUGCACGUGAGACACGUCCAGGCGCGUAAAGUGAAAUAGACCCGGGGCUUGAUGGCGCGCUGUCUUUCCGCGCUCACAGGCAAAGAAUUAUCUUUGAAAGGCUUGCACACUCAACUGUGCGCGAGAUGGAGCAGAACAUGGGAAAUGACAUAUACCCCGGCCUUAACCACUCCAAAUUGUAGUGGACUGGAGCUGACAUCUGACUUUGGGAAAAAUACCCCCAAUGUCCCCCAUGUUAUUAUGUCUUGACAUGGAGUUUAACUGUUGCUGGUUGAUGUGAGAUGCAUUCUGGGAUACCUGGCUGUCUCAAGUCCCCUCUCGACGCAUCCUCUAUAAAAGUCGGAUCAAGAACACAUCCGGGGAUUUGAACUGUACUUGGCUAGAUGUGAACUUUGAAUUGGAUCAGUACUCGGGCAGCAGCUGAUGACGUUUCAAAAACAGACAAGAACGCAUAUUAAAAAAUGGAUAACUAAUGAAUGAAUGAGGCAUUUAUAUAGCACUUUACUAUGUACUACUGUACACCGUAAGUGCUUCACAAUCACAUCAGGGGUCGCUCCUCAUCCACUGGAUAAUUCAACAGCAGACACAGAGCAACAGCACCAAGAUCAAAUCUGUGGUUUAUUGAUAAAGAAAGCGCCUAUUUGAAAAUUUGAUCUGACGUUGUCGGAGUUGUGAGAUCCAGACGAUCACUGGGCUUUCAGCGCUCAUGUACACCGCCGAGAGCAGCCUUACCUCGGCUAGUCCUUCUGAUGAUUGCCGCUGACUCUGAUGACUCUGUAGUGGUUAAACAUGAGAUAUAAUUCAUCUUUUGUAACAGGCAAUCUUUGGUCUCAUUAAUCUAUAAUUUGUUCCCUGGAAAAUCGUUUUGGCUGAGGGUAAAGUAAAGUUUCAUAACUUUAUAUAUUUAGGCUAUUUAACUUUACUGUUGUAGUCUAUUAGAGCGUUGACUUUGAACGUUUGACUGAACCGUUUGCUUUAAUGUUUAUUGUAGCUUCUUAUACAUGUAAAUGUACCUUUUGCUUAUAUUUUUAUAAUGGCUGUUAUUGAUCAUUAAAACUGACAUUUAACAAAA